AUGCGGUUGGUCAGAGGAACAGCAACCGGCGCACCCGCAUCCCCUCCGCCAGCAGACCGUUCUCCCACCGCCCCAAAAUCGCCCGGCGGGGGGAAUUCACCCCUGCGCUGGCUGCGCUCCUCCGGCCGCUCCCGUUCCUCUGCCAGUAACGAUCCCGACGACGUCGCCUCGUUUCUCCUCGAAACCUCCACCGUCUCUUCCAAUUCGUCCCCUUCCGCGGCUGGCGGCGGAUCAGCCGCGGGGGAAGGCGGCGGCUCUUCCGGGGCGCUACUUUCCCCCGCGUCCGCUGGUGACGGCAGCGGCGGCGGCGGUGGCGGCGACGCAGGUGGGAUGGAGGAGGAAUCUAGCGAGCGCGCAAUUGGCGCAGCGUCUCCAGCUCCUGCUCCUCCUGCUGCUGCUGCUGCUGCUGCUGCUGCUGCUGCGCCCGUUAGGCGGAAGCGCGACGUGCUCAUGGCGCGCUUGGCGGGGUUCCGCGGCGGCAAGAGCUGGGCGUCUGUGGAUGACCCUUCGUUAGGACUUGCUGCUGCUGCUGCCGCUGCCCCUGCUUCCCCUGCUGCCCCUUCUGCUGGCGGUGGUGGUAUGAAUGGUGGUGUGGGUGCCUGCGGUGGUGCAACGGCGGGUAUUUCUGGUCGGGAACAACGAGUGUUGUCGGAGAGGGUGGGAGGAGGGUUCAAAGGCAGUUUUUCCUUGGAGCACGAAACGGCUGACGAGCAGUCAGGGCGUGGCGCAAGGGUAGCAGGGGGAGGAGGAGGAGGAGGAAAUAUUGUAGCGGGCAGGCGAAUGUUUUCCGAGUCGGAGCAUGUGCAACAGCAGGCGGAAGCGGACGGGGAGGCGCAGGCGCAUGCGCGGAGCAUAUUCCGCAAGCCCCCCCCCGUAAUGGCUGCGCGGAUGCUGGCGGCAGAGCGCGGCGCAGGCCACGCGCGCGCAGCCAGCGCGGACAUCACGGCGCACUUCGCCACAGCUUCCGCCUCCCCCUCCCCCUCCGCUUCCGCUUCUUCCGCUGGGGUUGCGGAUGUGGGUGCGGGCGCUUCCGCUUCCUCUGCAAGCGCGAGGGCUUUGUUCGGGGGAGCAGGGGCGGCGGACGAAGGGGGGCGCAGCGGGCGCAUCUCGCGCGUUUUCAAGCGGUUAGGGCUGGGGAGCGGACGCGCGUCCGCGGUGGGUGUGAGCGGGCUUGGGGGGGCGAGCAGCGGGAGGGCGGAAAUGGGGGGCGACGGGGGAGCGGGAGGCGGGUUUGGAAAGAGUUUCUAUGAUACGCCGUUGCCUCUAUCAGAGGAUAGGAAACGGCUGAAUAGGCCGUCUGCUGCUGCUGCUGCUGCUGGUGCUGCUGGUGCUGGUGCUGCUGCUGCUGGUGGUGGGGCUGGUGAUGUGAGUGAAAGUGGGACGGAGGAAUCAAAAAGGAGAGAGGAAGCAGAUGUGACGAGGGAAAAAAAGGAGUACGGGGGUGAGGGGGAGGAAGAGGAAGUGGAGGAGUGGGAGGAAGAGUUAGUGGAGGAGCGGGAGGAGGAGGCGAGGAGGAAAGGAGUGAGCACGGACGAGAUGCAUCAGGGGUUGCUGCUGAGAGGCUCGCGUGGUGAAGGCGGUAGUAGCUCUUCUUCUGCCUUCCAUGGCAGCCGUUCCCCCCCUGUGGCGUCCCCUCCUCACAACGCACCUGCUUCUGCUGCGUCGUCUUUCGCGAGAGGAGCAGCACAAGGCGCCACUCCCGCAGCAGCAGCAGCAGCAGCAGCAGCUGAAGGCGCAUCAGCAGGGGCAUGGGCAGGGGCAGGGGCGUGGGCGGUAGGGCAGGAGAUAGAAGUGGAUGUUGUGGGGGAGGAUGGGCGCAGCAGCACCAUUCCCGCGCGCCUGGUGGAAGCCACAGUGGUGCAGAGCGGUGCAGGGGGGCGGCGGGUGAUGGAAAAAAUAGUGCUGGCUACAGGGGAGGUGAUGAUGGUGGUGGUGGAGGAGGAGGGGGAGGGAGAGGGGAAAGGGGAGGGGGGGGGGGGGGGAGGGGGAGCGCGGAGAGAGGUUGCUGGGGUGCGUGGGGAGGAGUUAAAGGAGAGAAGGGUGGGCGGUGGGGGUGAGAGGUUGGGCGAGAGGCUUGGUGGGCGGAAAGAGGAGAAGGCAGGGGGGAGGGAGAAGGAGAAGGAGAGGAAGAAGAAGGAGAAAGGAAAGGAGAAGGAGAGUGAGAGUGAGAAGGGGAAGGAUCGAGCGUUGAGGGAGGUUCUGGAGUUGUCCAAGGGGAUUGGACGGUCCAGAUCGAGCAUGGCAGAGCUGAUCAAACGGGUGAGCAAGGACGGAGGGUGUAGCAGUUCGGAUGAGCAGGAGGGGGAAGGAGCCAGGGGGUCGCAGGGAGGCGGGAGAAAAGAAGGGCCGAGAAAGGAAGAGGGGAGAAAGGAGGUGGGAAAAAAGGAAGCGGGCAUGGGCGUGGGCAUGGGAAAAGGGAAGGAUGCAUUGAGAAAGGAACGAAACAGCAGGCUGGGCCGUUCACAAUCAAAUAUUGGUGAGCAAAGCAGGGGUGGCGCAGUGGAAGGGGAGGGCGUGGGGAGGACGCGAGAAGGGGCGGGGGAGAAGCGGCGGGGGUCAAGGCUACGGGGGACGUCCCAGGGUGGUAUGUCCUGGGGUGGUGCUGUUGAUGGCGCUGCUGCUGGUGGGGGUACAGGGAUGGGAGGCGAGGAGGAGGAGGUGGUGGUUGGGAAGAGUGUGACACUGCCGCUGGAGAGGGAGAAGGAAAGGGAGAGGGAGAGGAGGGCAGAUGGGGGGGAGAGCGGGGACGAGUUUGCCCUGGGCACAGGCAUGGGAGUGGGCAUGGGCAUGGGAAUGGGAAUGGGCAUGGGCAUGGGCAUGGGCAUGGGCAUGGGCAUGGGCAUGGGCAUGGGCAUGGGCAUGGAUGGAUGGUCGCCGCACAGCAGCAGCGAGGGAACAGAGGGGAGUAGGCACGGGUCGGAGCAAGGGGGGGUUGCACUGGGCGCAGGUGGGUUCGGAGGUGCAGCAGGGGCAUGGGGUGGGGGAGGGGCAGGAACAGGGGGAGGGGCAGGAGCAGGAGAAGCGGAGAAUUCAGAGGCUCUGGCAGCGAGCAUGCGGAGGGCGUGGGUGAGAGGCGGAGGUGGGGGAUCUCGGCUGAGUAUCCAGCAGCGGGAGCGGCGGCGCGCUCACAGCCGCUCCCAAAAGGAUGCAGCUUGGUCCUUCCCUGCCAUGCCUGACCUUGAAGCUGCUGCUGCACGCCUGGUGAGUGGGCCUCAGGAGGGCGAGGAGGAGGAGGAGGACGAAGAGGCAUUGCCUCCCCUGCCGGAAGGGGAAAUGGAAUUGGCAGCGGCGGCGGCGGCUGUGCGUGCUGCGGCUGGGCUGGGAGAUGGUGAGGAGAGUGAAAGUGAGAGUGAGGGGGAGGAGGAGGAGGAAGGGAGGAGGGUUGGGGAUGGGAUGAUUAGCCCGUUGGCGAGUCCUAUCGGGAGUUCUGCUGAUCGUGCUGCUGCUGGGGGAAGAGGUGGUGAAGAGGAAGAGGAGGAAGCGGAGGAAGCGGAGGAGGAAGAGGAGGAGGAGGAAGAAGAGGAGGCUGCUACGCCACCGUCCCUUGGCCGCACAGAUUCUUCUACUGGUGGUGUCUCUCUUAUGACCCCUACCACCACCACCACCACCACCACCACCACCACCACCACCACCACUGCUCCCACCGUUCUACUACCAGCAGGCUCACCCGCAGGCAAACCAGCAGGCAGAUCAGCAGGCAGAUCAGCAGCAGCAGCAGCAGCAGGAAUGGGUGUGCCUCGUCCCUACUCCCCCGUGCUGAGUCCUUCCGCUAAAGCAGCAUCAGCAUCCGUCAUUGCUGCUGCUGUUGCAGCCGCUGCAGACGCGCGCUCACGCACCCCUCUCCGCGUCGCCAUAGCAUCCCGCCAGGGUGCUGCCUCUGGCCGCUCAGCAGCAGCUGCUGCCGCCGCUGCUGCCGCUGGUGCGGGUGGUGGGUCUGCUGGGGGGGGUGUGAAGCAGGGGGGGAUGCUGUGGCAGCGCAGGAGCACGAGUUUCUGUGCCAUGGAGCUAGAGUCUCUAAUGACUGAUAGGGGCAAGGAUCCGUGGGGUAUGGGGUACACAGGCCCUCUUAGCUCUGGCGCCAAUGUUGUUGCUGCUGCUGCUGCUGCUGCUAUCGGUGCUGGUGCUGGUGGUGUUUUUGCAGCACGGCCUCGGUCGCCGCUACAGCAGCGCAAGAGAGUGAUGACAGAGAGUGAUGUGGUGCCUGGGGGCGGGCCUCAGGAGCAGGAGAAGCAGCAGCAGCAGCAGCAGCAGCAGCAGAAGGAGGAGGAGGAGGAGGAGGAGGAGGAGGAGGAGGAGGAGGAGGAGGAGGAGGAGGAGGAGGAGGAGGAGGAGGAGGAGGAGGAGGAGGAGGAGGAGGAGGAGGUUGUAGAGCAGGCGAGUGUGCAGCGGGCGCAGCAGUCGGUGCUGGCGAGAGUGAUGUCUGAAGAUGAUGGGGUGCCACGGAGCGACUCCGUGGUCAUUCAUGAGUUCAGCUGUGAUGACAUGGACUCGGAUGGGGGAGAUGUGGAUGAUGCUGCUGCUGCUCCUGCUGUUACCAGAAAUGUGGCUGCUGCUGCUGAUGCUGAUGCUGAUGCUGAUGCUGAUGCUGAUGCACAGCUGUUGUUGCAGCAGGAGCAGGAGAAGCACCAGGAAAGGCAACAGCAGCAGCAGCAGCAGCAGCAGCAGCAGCAGCAGCAGCAGGCGAGUGUGCAGCGGGCGCAGCAGUCGGUGCUGGCGAGAGUGAUGUCUGAAGAUGAUGGGGUGCCCCGCAGUAACUCCGUGGUCAUUCAUGAGUUCAGCUGUGAUGACAUGGACUCGGAUGGGGGAGGCGUGGAGGGAGAGGAGGGCGAGGAGGGAGAGGAGGGACAGGAGGGAGAGGAGGGAGAGGAGGGAGAGGAUGCGGGGAGAAGGGAGGAUUGGGAGGAUGUGAAGGAGAGGAGGGAGCUAGAGGGAGUGAGGAGCGGAAUUUCAGUUGAGCGGAUUGAGGAGGUGGUGAGUAGAGGGGGCGGUGGAUUGGACACGAGGGAUGGAAGGGUGGGUAAAGUGAGGAGGAUGAGGUAG